AUGUGGGCUAAAGGAAGAUGGGGAAAUGCUGCUAUUAAGGAAAGAUUAGAUAGGGGAUUAGCUAGCAUAUCUUGGAGACUAGUCUUCCCGAAUGCAUUUGUUCAACACUUAGGGGCUUUAAACUCAAAUCACCUGCCUAUCCUUUUAGACACAAAUCCCAAUGAUUGCUUCAACCCCUAUCCUUUUUGCUUUGAAGCUGCUUGGAUUCGGGAUGAGAGGUGCCAAGAAGUGAUUGAACAAGCUUGGAAUAUAGAAGUGUGGGGUUCACAGCUAAGUAGACUUUGCAAAAAACAAGAUGCUACCAAAGAAGCACUCCAUAAGUGGAACGAGGAAAUUUUUGGCAACAUACAAAUGCAGAUAAGCUUAUUGAUGCAAAAAUUCAAAGAAAUUCAAGGAAAUACAAGCUCUAAAGAGAAUAAUAGAUUGGAGACAGGUCUACAAAAUGAGCUAAAUGAAUGGCUUUAUAGAAGUGAGGUGCUUUGGAGGCAAAAAUCUAGAGAAUUGUGGUUGAAAGAAGGGGAUAAGAACUCCAAGUUCUUCCACUUAUCAACAAUUAUUCGCAGAAGAAGAAACACUAUAGAGGCAAUCAAGAAUAAUUCUGGAGAUUGGGUCAUAGAACCUAAGGAAAUAAGGAAUGUUUUUCUAGAAAAUUUCAAGAUAUUAUUUAGUGAAGAAGAGGUUGAAACUCCUUAG